AUGGGCACGCGUGGCACACCUUCUUUCCACACCUCCCGGCUGAAGCUGCUGCAGAAUCCUCAAACCAAUCAACCACCAUCCAUCACCGGAGAGCAGAGCAAGGAAAUCUGUGGACGAUCUGCCCGUCCACCAAAUCCCUUCAGCGCGCCGCCUCCCUCGCCCGCAACUCGCGAGGACUCUGCGGAUCUCACUCAGCGGCAGCAGAAAAAAGAGCGGAGAGAGCAGCCCGCCAUGGCCAUGGUCGCCUCCACCUCCAUCGCCUACCACAAGCCGCGUUUGUCGGUGGUGUGCAGGAAGAAGGACCGGGACAGGGAGCUGGAGCGGGAGAAGGAGCACAAGCACCCCUUCAAGGUCGUCGAGAUCACGCCGCCGCCGCGAUACCUCGGCGUCCGCUGCUUCCCCACGAACAUCCACUGCGGAGAGAGCGUGACGAUCGAAGGGCAGGCGUACACGGUGUCGGCGGUGACGCACCGGUACCAGCUGCGCAAGGGGCGGUACGAGCCGAGCGAGAAGCGCCUCGACGUUCUCUCCACCGGCAGAUACAUCCUCAACCUCUACCUCGACAGCCUCCUCGACAAGUCCUAG